CCUGGUGGCAGCCCACUGUUACACAACACAUCUUUGGAGGGGGUAUCUUGCAGGCAGGCCUCCUUGACAUCAGUGUGCUGCUGCGCCAUCUUCACUCAGUCAUGUCUGCACAGUUGGUCGUCGUUCUGCUGGCCCUCACCUCCUUGUGUGCCGCUGCAUCACCGGAACAUGACUGCGAAGAUCUGGUGAAGCCUCUUUUACUGGACAACCACAGCCCUAUCUUCGGGAAAUGGGUCCUCCAUGUGGGCUCAUGGGACACGCCGGGCCUGAAGAACGACCUGGUGGUCGUGAACACAUCGUGGAUUGAACUGUCUGCAUCCUCACGGAGCGACAUCAUCUCCCUCUACUGGGGUGACCGCCUGAAUGAUGAUAAAUGUCUUCAGGGAUCAGCUGACGUCACCGUGACUGGCAUGACCAGUAACGCCACCUACAACAUCCACAACCACACUUCCUAUCACGAGGGCAAGUACUACGAGACCUGCGCCGAGUGCCUCCUGUCCGAAGACACCACACUCCUGCCGGACGGAAAAUCUUUGGGCCGAUAUCUUUUCCUCUUUACCCGAACUGGUAAACUGGAGCCUUCUGAGUUGGACACCUUCAAGAAGCAAGCGGCCUGUCUUAAUUUCCCCGAUGAGUACUACUUUAUGGGCACACACCUGUGCCCUGACAACAGAAAGACUGAGACUCCUGCCUCUGCAAACUAGAACUUGAAACAUGCACGUGCAGAGGAGCAAAUGUCUUACUAACCCAGGGUGUCCUUAAAUGUCCCCUUGUGCUGGGGGAUAACUAAACAUGGAAUAAUGUUUAGGUCGGAACAAAAAUUAGUUGAAUAGACAAAAUAAAACAUUAUUCACUUCU